AUGCUGGAUUUAGAUUGUGAGCAGUGUGGGAGCGCGCGUAUCACUUCUCGUCCCUUCCCCUCCGCCUGCCCCUCGUGUGCGUACGCAGAGUGCACGCUUAAAGGCGCGGCACAGGUUUGGGGUCUUCCCCGGAUCCUGAGCUGCGUGGGAACGUGCACUUUCCGCCGUGCCUAUUCCCCUCCUCUUGCUCCUCGUGCGUACGCGCAACCUCGUCUCGGCGCCGGCCUUCGUCUGGAGAAGGUGGCGGGUCAGGCUCCUCCCAGGCAACACUUCUUCCUGGCAGACAUCAUCUGGUGGACGGUCUUCUUCAGGUUCUGUCUCUGGGAGUACACCUGCAGGCUGAUCUUCCUCAUGAAAGUAACCUGA